UUAGAAAACGAAAACGAAAAUGGAUACACUGGUGCAGUUGAUAGGGAGUUACAGAGAACGUGACAAGUUGAUAAGAUUAUGUCAGUAUGUUGCACGAUUCCUGGCAGGUACGGCACAGACUGGUAUGGGAGUCAGGCUCAGCACUGUUGCUCAGGAGUUCGGAAAAUGUCGUACAGUUUUAAGGUUGUUUGAUGAUAUACCCAUGCUAGCUUACACACUACACUAUGGUUUAGGGAAAAAGGAAUCAAACGGAUGGAUGCGGUUCCUAACACUUGUGGGUAACUGUGCCAACCAGCUGUACUUCCCAUUGGAGCACGUGUCAUGGUGCGCCCAGAAUAAGAUUAUUGAUAGGCCACAUACCAAGUGGGCGAUAGCUUGUAUAGCAGCAUGGGCAGUGUCACUGUUCUCGGAAAUACUCAAAGCCGUCAGUAGGAUUUACAUGAUCAGAAAUGCCCAGAGAAGGCUGCUGAAAGAACAACAGCUCGUGGCAAAGAAUGAAAGCGAUUCUACUGAAAUGACUGCAAGCAUCAAGAACCAGAUUCGAGCUUUAAAAGCACAGGAGAUGGACAAUUAUUUGGCAGUUGUCGAAAAUAGUGCCGAUUUUACCAAUGCUAUCAACUGGCUCCCGGCUGGUUACUUCUGGUCUGGCAAGUUUCCGUCCAGGUUUUGUGGUGGCAUGGGGAUCAUUUCAUCCGCGAUAAAAUUAUAUCGCAUACACAGUGCAAAAUCAAAAGUUUCGUAACUGGAAUUUAAUCCGUUGACUCCAUAUUUUUAAAAAUGCAUAAUCUUUACUUUUAAUGUUAUUGUUGACAUAUUUAACAUAGUGGUAGAUCAAUGAAAAUCAGAAUUAAUUUUGAUUAAUGAACAUAACUGACUAAAAAGUGUCAGUUGAGUUAGUGACAAAUAGUAUACAAUUAGUUUUUCCAUAAAAAUUGCUAAAAUAAUCGUUUAACAUUUAGUCUGCUGGCGGCAAGUGGUUUUGAUUUUGAGACCAGUGCCAACCAAGAUCAGCCUGCACAGGCUGAACUUGGUCCGCACUGUUCACUAUUCAAUCAGUAAACUUUCAGUGAACAUCACUUAGAAUAAUAAGUGGGUCAGCACAGAUAGAAUAACGGAACAGUCCAUUUUAGACAUAUAGCAGGGUAAUGGUUAAUGGGAAGGUUUAUGCAUUAUAUGUGCCAUUUUAAUCUUUCAGUAUUUGUACGAUUUUUGAUGUCUGCUUUCAGUAUCACCCCAUCUCAUCAUCCCUUUAAAACCAGUUCUAGACCCCAAAACCCAUUCUUCUUCUCCCAUACCCACAUAAGUAUUUCCUUUUCGACAAAAUUUUAAAAAACUAAAUAAAUUAAUUAAUUUAGAUAGUUUUACCUGGCUCCAGCAGCAAAGCAGAUUUUUUCAGUACCCAAUAAUUGACAGAUAUUGGCAAUGACUGACUGAAACUAGAGAUGCUUUUGAGAAAAGCGCAUGCCUCCCACAACUGCCUUCUUUGUCUGGAUUGUUCAGACAAAUGGUUCCUAUCAAAAAUGUCUAGAUGGUCUUGAUGAGUGGAUCCAAUCAGUAAUUCAAGGGCCAUAAUUCAAAAGUGCCUGGGCAGAUUUGGCUAAUUAUCAAAUUUGGCAGAGGUCUUAUGGUCAAACACAUUUUGUUCAAGUUUGGGGAAGAUCGGAUGAGAAAUGUUCGACUUAAAAUGCGGACAAGCUUUGUGACAGACAGACACACACACACACAGACAGACACACAGACAGGAGUAAAUUAAUAUGUCUCCUACACCACUGUGUGGUGGGAGACAUAAUUAGAUGUAAUUCAAUGAAAUUGAUUCAUACCAUAAGUAGUCAAGAUGAUAGGUAAAAACUGUUUAAGGUAUACCAACAUAUUUUUUCGUCUAAAAUUGUUGGCCCUUAAUCGUAUUUGAGUCAGAACCAUUUGGCUCAAAAGCAUUUACACCUAAGGAACAAUCUUAUAUUCUUUAUUUUUAUUUAUUUUUUUAUGUUCCCGAAGGGAGGCAUAUUAGUUUUCAACUGUCCGUUCGUUCGUUCGUUAGUUCGUUAGUUUGUUUGUUCGUUCGUCACAACAUUAACUUUUUGCAUGAAGGCACUUUACUCGCAAACCACUGCACCCAGGAUCUUCAAACUUCACAUGCUGAUAGUACUUAUUGAGUACACCACCCAUACUGACUUUGGGGUCACCAGGUCAAGGUCACAGGGGCCAGCGUUAACUUUUUGCAUGAAGGCACUUUACUCGCGAACCACUGCACCCAGGACCUUCAAACUUCACCUGCUGAUAGUACACCACCCCUACUGACUUUGGGGUCACUAGGUCAAAGGUCAAGGUCACAGGGGCCAACGUUACCUUUUUGCAUGAAGGCACUUUACUCGCGAACCACUGCACCUAGGACCUUCAAACUUCACCUGCUGAUAGUACUUAUUGAGUACAACACCCCUACUGACUUUGAAAUCACCAGGUCAAAGGUCAAGGUCACGGGCCAACGUUAACUUUUUGCAUGAAGGCACUUUACCCGCAAACCUCUUCACCCAGGACCUUCAAACUUCACAUGCUGAUAGUACUUAAUGAGUACACCACCCCUUCUGACUUUGGGGUCACCAGGUCAAAGGUCAAGGUCACAGGGGCCAACGUUACCUUUUUGCAUGAAGGCACGUUACUCACGAACCACUGCACCCAGGAUCUUCAAACUUUGCAUGCUGAUAGUAGUUACUGAGUACACGACCCCUACUGACUCUGGGGUCACCAGGUCAAAGGUCACGGUCACAGGGGCCAACGUUAACUUUUUGCAUGAAGGCACUUUACUCACGAACCUCUUCACCCAGGACCUUCAAACUUCACGUGCUGAUAGUACUUAUUGAGUACACCACCCCUACUGACUUUGGGGUCACCAGGUCAAAGGUCAAGGUGCUGCGGGGGACAUUUGUCACCAUUAAUGACAGCUCUUGUUUUUUUUUCAUUAAAAAAAAUCCAAAGAAAAUGUUAAGCUUUUACAAGAUUGUUAAACAGUCCCAUGUAACCCUUUGAAUCAUUUGCUUUCAUGUGAGAUAUAGUGUUAAUAGUUAAUAUAGAUUAAAAUUUAAAUUUAUACAUUGUCAUGAAUUUUCCAAUUUUUUUUAAAUUGGAAUAGUGAAGAAAGAAACACCGGUCCUGCCUUAUCAUGUAAAUUUCGUAAUUUUUGAAACCAUUACUGAGGCAAUAUUUAUCAAUGUUUAUAGUCUAAAGUUUAGACUUAGACAAUAAAUAUUCAGUUUACAAGUCAAAUAAAUUUUAUUUAUUAACUUUUUUGGAAUUUCCCUUGCCUUGAACUAAAUGAAAGAUAGGACAUUAAAUUCUGAAUGCCUGACUUUUCACUUGAGUUUGCUAAAGUGAUGUUUGUGAGUUUAUGAGUUUUUUUAUAUUGACAGAUAUUGCUGUUUAAAAGCAGUAGUUUGUAUAAUAAAAUAAUUUUUUUUUUGUAUCGAAGGUAUUCACAAUGUAUUUAUUUUCACUACUUUUGAUUAUUUUGAAAGCAAAUAUGACCCAUCUAAAGGUCGACAAGAUAUUUUGUUGAGCUCAAGUCAAUACUUGAAAAAGAAAAACUAGCUGAGAUGUAUCUGUGAUGUCAUGUUAUAAAACACUGACUGAAUUGCUUGCUGGUCAAUAUUCAAAAUUAUUGAACCGCUGCCCUUUGUACAUUGGGCAAUAGUUUUUACUAUAGACCAGCAAGCCAUUCACUACGUCUUUAAUUUUUACUACAGGUAUGUCGGCCAAAACUACAGAUCAUUGGUUCUAAAAUGAGCCGCGCCAUGAGAAAAUCAACAUAGUGUGUUUGCGACCAGCAUGGAUCUAGACCAGUCUGCGCAUCCGCGCAGUCUGGUCAGGAUCCAUGCUGUUAGCUUUCAAAGUCUAUAGAGAAACCAUUAGCGAACAGCAUGGAUCCUGACCAGACUGCGCAGAUGCGCAGGCUGGUCUGGAUCCAUGCUGGUCGCAAAGCCACUGUGUUGGUUUUCUCAUGGUGCGGCUAAAAUAACUUUUUAUGUUAAAAGUAGUGACAGUUAUUCUAGAACACAGAGCAAGUUGUUUUAUUAAGUCUUAAAGAUAUAUUGUUGCCUAUCAAAUGCUCUAUAAAAAUUAUUGUUAUAAUAAACAGAUAGUUAUAUCAGCUUGUGUUAUUCUUUCUUCUUUUAACAGUUUUGUUGUUCAACAUUAACCAGUACUCCUGUUAACAACACCAUUUAAAAAAAAAAUAGGCUAAAUAAAAUAUUAGUGAUAAUACCAUGAAAACAGGGGUGCAUAUCUUAUAUCUUGAACAUGGUAAAGCGCCCGCCCGCUUAACUCAGUAGGGAAAGUGUUGAUCUACAGAUCGCAGGGUUACGAGUUCAAUCCCAGGGCAGGGCAUAUGUUCUCCCUGACAAUUUGAUAAAAGUAAUUGUGUCUGAAAUCAUUUGUCCUCCACCUCUGAUAUUUCACGAGUGGAAGUUGGCAGUUACUUACAGAGACGGUUUGUGCUGGUACAGUAUCCAGGAACACUGGUUAGGUUAACUGCCCGCCAUUACAUGACCAAAAUACUGUUGAAAAAGGCCUUAAACCCAAAACAAACAAACAUGAACAUGAUAGGGCAGUAAAUCAAGAUCUUCAAACUUGAUCUUCUUUCUAACAACAUUGUCAUGGUGAGUUCUCGUGUACUACAUGAAGUGUUUGUUCUCAAGUGGUCAAGGUCACUGACCUUGAAUCACUUGCCCCUUAACUUCUUACAUUCAAGCCUCACUUGGUGCACUGAAUUCUUCAUGUGAGAAAGCCAUCACGCUGACUUUGCCGAGGUUGGUGGUUUUACAGACUGAGGUGCCUGCCUAUGAUGAAAAAAUGCAUGGAAGGGCAAUUGGGAUGUUCUUCCACCAUUAACCCUUACAAUGCUAAAUUUCUAUAAUGGACUGGUCCAUCUUCCAAUUUUGACAGUACCAUUUAUCAUUUGAAGGGAUGUUUACUGAAAAUUUACUGACUGAAUAGCCAACAGUGCAGACCAUUAUAAGACUGCAUGGAUGUGCGGGCUAAUCUUGGUCUACACUGGUCCCAAAGGCAAAAUCAAUCAUAAGGCUAAAGCUGGAAAUCCCAAUAUGACUUGGGCCUAAAAAAACAAGAGCUGUCACUAUUGGUGGCAAAUGCCCCCAAAGUAUGCCCAAGAAUGCCAUAGUUGUAUCCGUAAAAAAAAUCACAUCAUUUUGUCACCUUGACCUUGACCUUAGAGGCUUGGAUCAUAAGCGUGACACACCUUAAUAUGGUUAACAUUUGUGUCAAUUUUUUUUUCAAAUCCCUUGAUAAAUGGCAGUGUUAUGGACCAGACAAGAAUCACCUUUGACUUCUAAGUGUGACCUUGACCUUAGAAGUAGGGGUCUUGGUCUUAUGCAUGACACCUCAUCUCAUUAAAGGGAACAUUUAUGGCAAGUAAUUUCAAAAUCCCUUCAUCAAUGGCAGAAUUACGUAUGACCUAAUGACCUAAUACGAAACAGACCAUUUAUACUUUGACCUCUAAGUGUGACCUUGACCUUGAAGCUAGGGGUCCGGGUCUUCCGUAACACACAUCAUCUCUUUAUGAGGAACAUUUAUGCCAAGUAAUUUCUAAAUACCUUUAUGAAUGGCAGAGUUUCGGACCGGACACAAAACAUACCCUGUUAAUCUUUGACUUCUAAGUGUGACCUUGGCCUUGGAGCUAGGGGUCUGAAUUUAACCGCGCAUGACACAUGUUUCAUCAUGGUAAACAUUUAUGCAAAGUUAUUUCAAAAUCCCUUCAUGGAUGGCAGAGUUAUGGACUAGACAAGAACAGACCAUGUUAACAUUUGACCUCUAAAUGUGACCUUGACCUUUGAGCUAGGUGUCUGGAUUUUCUGCAUGACAGUUUGUCUCAUCAUGGUUAACAUUUAUGCAAAGUUAUUUCAAAAUCCCUUCAUGGAUGGCAGAGUUAUGGACCGGACACAAAACAGACAAUUUUACAUUUGACCUCUAAGUGUGACCUAGACCUUGGAGCUAGGGGGCUGGGUCUUCCGCAUGACAUGUUGUCUCUUUAUGGAGAACAUUUAUGCAAAGUUAUUUCAAAAUCCCUUGAUGAAUGGAAGAGUUACAGUUCGGACAAGAAUUUACCAGACUCGCACACACAUGGACGGAUGGACAGUGUGAUUUUUAUAUGCCCACCUUCAUUAUAAAGUAUAUAAGGCCUAAUGGUAAGUUUAAGUUUGUUCCAAGCAGUUUACAUCUCAGUUCAUAGGCUAUGAACCCUAUUAAAAAUAUUUAUGCAUGCAUGAUCAUGGUCUGCACUGUUUGCUAUUCGGUUAGUAUUAUUUUCAGUGAACACCCUUUAAAUAGUAAAUGGUACUGCCCAAAUUGAAUGAUAGACCAGUCCAUUUUAGAAAUUUAGCAGGGUAAAGGUUAAAUCCUUAAAUGUAAAUUUCAUCCUUGGUUAGUUAAAAGUAAAUAGAUGAGGCUUAUUUUCUAUAUGGCCAUUUUUGACAGAAGGCAAUGUGCCUGAAGUUAUUCCUUGUCCACCUUUGAUACAUGAGGCGAAGUUGUCAGCUACUUGUGAUAAACAAGUCAGUACUGGUGCAGAAUUAGAGAAUACUGUUAGCGCCACUAACAGUGUUCUUUUCCUACUGUGCUUUCAGCAAAGGGCCUGUACUCUUGCUGAAAUCAUAACUGUUCUCUAUAUACCAUUACCUCCCCUGUUUCCACUUUGCAAAUAUGAAGAAUAUAAAAGAAUGAAUUCAAUAUUGACAUUUUAUUGCACAAAAUACAUCUACAAUAUAUCAACAACACUUAAGUUUGGUCAAAAAUAUCACUGUUAUUUACACAUAAAAAAAAAGUUGUUUCUAGGAUGCUGUAAUACUGUGAAAUCAUUAAAUUUCGUGGUCAUGAAACUUUGUGGUUUUGGUCAAAACGGCAAUUUCGUGGGGAUAUGAAUUCGUGGAUUUCAACUUUUGAACAUAAAAUGAAUGGGAAUUUUACUUGUUUGUUGGGAUUAAAUUUCGUGAAUGGACUCAACCACGAAAUCCUCAAAAAUUAGUCCCCCACGAAUAUUAAUGAUUUCACAGUAACACAAAUAGUGCAUGAAACGUCUGAAAUAAUUUUCAGAGUAGGUAGUGGUGUAUUGUAUACACCAGACAUACCAGAUUUACUGAUGUUGGUUAAUUGAUUAAUGAAUCAUUACUGGAACUGCAUGUACUGUACAAUCUGAGCGUAACCUGAAGUAUCCAACAAGGUUGGGAAAUAUGUCAUUUCAUACGGUACUUCAACAAAUAGUUGAAAAUGUUGUUUACAGAUACAUAAAUAACUGAGCAUUUAGUUAGUCAGUUGUUCUUUGUGGUAUUUACCAUAAAAUCAUUUAUUUUCAGGGAAAUGAAAUUUUGUGGAAUUGGCCAAAAUUAUUAUUUCAUGGAGAUUUGAAUUCAUAGAUUUCAAUGUCAGAAGAUCAGAAUGAGUGAGCAUUUUGUUUGCUCAUCUGGGAGAAAAUUUUGUACCUUGGCAAAACCAUAACAUCCAUGAAAGUACUGUAAAGGCACAUAUUAUCGCCAAGCCGAAAUUUUGCGCAUUUGUAAUUUUGAGUAUGUUUGCAGGUUUUGAUAUUUGCGAAAUUGUAAAAAUGGUAUCUUACUUGAAUUUGAAUACUACUACACGUAAUAAAUAUUUGCAAGAUGAUUAAUUUUCGUAAAAUGUAGGGCCUCGCGAACAUAGCAAAAUUUAAACAUGUGUGAAAAUUUCUGAUUUUACAGUAAGUCCCCCUUAAACAUGACUGAUGCUACAGUAUCUCAUUUUGUUUGUAUAUGGUCCACAUUUUUACUAUCACUGGUGUCACGUCAAACAUAAAUUUCACAAUUAAAUUCAAUAACAUUUUGAGUCAUUCCAUAUUUUGUUCCUAUUUCAGUUAUCAUAAGAUUUAAACAUAUGUCCAAAAAUUCCAUGCAAAUUUCGCCUCCUUGAAAAUAAUCUCCAUCUGAAAAUCAGAUAUUUUCAAGAUGCCAAAAGUUAACUAUUCCAAAACACAAGUUAGCUUGCGAGGUAGAAUAUAUGAGUUGUACAACCAACUUGUGAAAUACAAAAG